CCGCUCAGAUCGUUGAUGGCGUUCGCAGCGACCGCUUGGCAUACGUCGCGUUUUUAGCCGCCAGCGCGAUUUAAACCGCCAACCAACCGCCGAAGUGCGUUUUUUUUUCACACACCGCUCUUAACCCCUGCAAACACACACAUAGAAAAGAUGGCAGCCUUCAGAAUUAGCAGCCAAAUCUGCAGGAGUAGCAGACUGAAAGGAAAGGAGGGGAGGAAAACCAACCAAAACCAAAUCAGCAGAGGAGGAGGAGGUGGAGGAGGAUUAGCACUGAGUCACUUAGUGAUCUGCAGCUGGCUGGCCAUCAUCUCCAUGGCGUCUGUAACCAUGGCCAAGCCACCGGAUCAGGAAGCCAUCCAUCACAAAAUGGCCGAGUUCCCGGAAGAGGACAGCGACAUGCUGAUGGAGCCGAAUGACUUUGCCCCCAUCACCGUACUGAGAUCGCAUGAACAGCACUUCCACAUGCCGCCCACAACGCAGCUUCAGCCCCAAAUCCAGGCCAGAGUUCAGCCCAGGGCCCAGCCCAGGCAAUUCCAGACGGCAGCCCAACAGAAUCCCGACGAGGAGGACCAAUUCCGACCCAUUGCCAAUCCGAACACCAAAGUAGUUGGGGAUUCCCACACGCAGGCGGCCCAGAACUUCUAUCCGCCCUUCUACCACGAGGCCCCGCCCCUGGGCCACUCCAGACCCUACUUCGGACAUGGACCACCGGUAUCGGAGAGCACGUCUCUGUCCCUGCCCCUGCCUCUGUUGGCCCCUCAACAGCAACAACAGCAGCAGCAGCAGCCACAACAUCCGGCAAAUCAACAGCGGAAUUUCGAUGCCAGCAUACUGGGCAGCGGAGACUUUGGGGUGCUGAGAGGAGGAACCUUCUAUCCCGAGGAGGAAAUGCCCUAUCACCCGGAAGACAACAGUGAUUACAUCUACGGAGAUGCCAACAACGGACACGGACGGCCCUCCGAGGGAUUCGUGCAGAAGUACACCUACCCCGAGGAGCAGUUCGCCAAUUUCCGGGACUUUGCUGACAUCAAUACGCCGGCGGACUCGGCCUUCUCCCAGUUCGUGGUGGUGUAUGCGGCCAAGAAUGCCACUGCGCCGCACUCUCAUCCGCAUCCCAAAAACAUAUUCGAGCAGCUGGAGCUGCUGGACAGGGAGAAGGAGAAGGAGAAGGAGCUGGAGAAGACCAAGAGCCAGCCGAAAGCCUCGUCCAAAAGCAAGUCGAAGUUGUCGAAGACAAAGUUGCAGAAGAAGUACCGCAAGAAGGCGGCUCCCAAGUUACCCGAUCCCCUAGACAUAGAGCCCUUACUGGCCCUCAGUUAAGCUUGGUACUAGCUAAGGUACUAUAUGCGUAAAAACAAAAACAAAAACAAAAACAAGUUAAAAAAAAGAAAAACAGAAAACAAAAAAGGAAAAACCAUGAACAGAAACACCCAUUACCACUUUCGUUUCCCCUCCCCCUGUUAGUUUUAUUUAUUUUAUUUCGAGAUGAAUGCAAGCCACGCCCACAAGAUAGAAGAGCCACCGCCCAAGCACCUGUAUUGUCCCAUCCCUUAACCCAUAUACGAUCUACCAUAUAAUAUGCAUCCAUGUUUUUUUGGUCUGUCUGCUUUCUGUCUCGCAUCGUUUGUUAAUUCUUAAACCUAGCCCGUAGUCUGCCGCAUCUGCACCUGCACAUGCGUCUAUAUAGUAUAUCUCUUAUAUGCAUAUGCGUAUCUAAUGUAAUUAUUUUUUGUCUAAUUCAGCAUAAUUUUAUUAUGUGAGUGUACAUAAACGAGAAAUGUUAAAUCUAAUGUUAAACCUAAAUAAAAACGAA